AAUUAUUAAAUAAAAGACUUUCGCCAGUAAUCAGAAGCCUGUCACUGGUUCAGUGUGCCCAGCUCUGAGGAAAGUAACAGGACCCAUGUGACUCUGGGCGCGUGCUGCUUCAGCAGCCAUGAAAAAACAUUUGAUGUCACGGACACAUUUUAAUAGGCAAUGCAAUUGAAGGUACACAGUGAAGAAACGAAAAUCGGAAAAUUGUGUAAAUCCGUCGCAUCUGACCCAUUUGAGACAAGUGUAUCGGCUAAGCCCCGCCCACUCUCACACUGUGCUUCUCUGCGCUGAAUGCAUUUCUAUGGAUUCUACCUGCUCGUGCGGUUCACACAGAUCUGGACAACAAUAGCCAUACAUUAUCAUUUGGUUGAUUUGUUUCCGGUAUGAGCUCGUGGCUCGCGGCAGCGCACUCGUCGGGACUGUAUCGCUGAAGCUGAAGAUGGGUCUCAGGAGGACCGUGUUCUUCUGCUGCUUGUUCUCGCUGAUGCUGGCUCUGCACGGCAGCCGCAGGAGACACGCGCGCUGCCCCGCUUCAUGCACCUGCAGCAAAGAUAACGCCCUGUGUGCCAGCACCGGAUCAAUACCGAGGAGCUUCCCACCUGAUGUCAUCUCACUAUCAUUCGUCAAGUCCGGCUUUAAUGAAAUCCCUAAAGAGAGUUUCAUUCACACGCCAGCCCUCCAUCUUCUACUUUUCACAGCAAACAACUUUGAUUCUAUAAAUGAAGAUGCGUUUCUUGGUCUUCCUCAUCUGGAGUAUCUUUUCAUUGAAAAUAACCAAAUCAAGUCCAUAUCGCCGUUCGCCUUCAGAGGACUCAAGUCCUUAAUACAUUUAAGUUUGGCGUACAAUAAUUUGGAGACACUACCGAAAGAUCUUUUCAAAGGGAUGGAAGCUUUGACUAAAGUGGAUCUGAGAGGUAAUCUUUUCAGCUGUGACUGUAAGCUAAAGUGGUUAGUCGACUGGAUGUUUCAUACAAAUGCAACUGUGGAUCAGAUCUUCUGCAAUGGCCCUGAAGCUUACCAGGGCAAGAAGAUCAAUGACCUUGUGGCGCAGUCAUUUGAUUGCAUAACAACAGAUUUUUCGUUGUUGAAGUCUCUAGACUUUCAGUCCAUUUCAGUCGAGGCUUUUGGGUUUGGUGGUGACCAGUUUGUCGUGUUCGGCCAGCCUUUCGUAGGCAGGUGCAGUUUCAUGGAAUGGGAUCACGUCCAAAUGGAGUUCAGGAACUUUGAUAAUAUCACAAGCACUUCCACUGUCAUCUGCAAACCUCUAGUCAUUGAUAGUCAACUCUUCAUUAUAGUAGCCCAACUGUUCGGCGGCUCGCACAUCUUCAAGCGAGAUGUCUCCGCAAACAAAUUCAUCAAAAUCCAAGACAUCGACAUUCUGAAAGUCCGAAAACCAAAUGAUGUGGAAAUCUUCCACGUCGACGAAGAGUCUUUCUUCAUCAUAGCCGACAGCUCCAAAGCCGGCUCGACAACUAUUUAUAAAUGGAACGGCAACGGCUUCUACUCCCAUCAGUCUUUGCACCCCUGGCACCGCGACACGGAUGUGGAGUAUCUAGAGAUUUCUGGGAAGCCUCAUCUGAUCUUGUCCAGCAGCUCUCAGAGGCCGGUCAUUUACCAGUGGAGCAAGAGCACUAAGCAGUUCGAACGGCGUACGGAUAUCCCAGAGAUGGAGGACGUGUACGCGGUCAAACACUUCACCGUGAAGAGCGAGCUCUACAUAUGCCUGACCCGCUUCAUCGGCGACUCCAAGGUGAUGAAAUGGGACGGUAGCAUGUUCACUGAGAUCCAGACCAUGGCCUCUCGUGGCUCCAUGGUCUUCCAGCCGUUCUCGAUAGCCGACUGGCAGUACGCCAUCCUAGGCAGCGACUACGCCUUUACUCGGGUCUAUCGCUGGGAUGCAAAGAAAAGACAGUUCAUUCAAUUCCAGGAACUGAACAUUCAAGCACCCAGGGCUUUUUCUCUGGUGUUUAUUGAGAACAGGGAGUUCCUUCUUGGCUCUAGUUUUAAGGGGCAAACACGUAUAUAUGAACACCUGGUCCUUGACUUGAGUAGCUGAUCUGCUUAAUUGGGACAUUUGAGGACACUGAUAAAUGAGUGUCUCAAUGGAUCCUGCGAAGAACCUGUCCAAAGCACGUCCAGGUCAUGUUUAACUCUAAAAUCCAAAGAAAGAAAAAAAAAUGUUUGUUUAAAGUAAAUGAAGCCUGUUUUAGGACUCAGUUCUCUAUAGUGUUAACUUUUUUUUUUUUGUACUGUAAUACAGUAAUAAUUGCUUAGUGUUCAGGUGAAAUAUUGUCACCAUGCCUAAACCGUGUAACGAUCCUAAAUAGGCUUCAUCUUCUUUAUGCAAAUCACCAUUUUUUUUUCUCCUUCUGAUUUUGGAGUGAAAUAUGACGAAAGUUUUCGUCAGAUUUACCCGCCUCUUCUCAGCAUGAAGACUCUUUGCAUGAUGGUGCCGUUAAUUAGGUACCGCCAUUGAAAUUAUCCAAGGUUUUUUUUUUUACAUGAUCUUCUCAUUCAUUUCUGUGUUUUUACUCUGUGACUGCUGUACUUUCAUUGAAAUACGUGCUAUUCUAUUUAUUAAUGUUUAUCUCAAAUGAAACUGACAACUUGUUUACUGCUUUCUCAACUUGUAAACAGUGUAUUUUUGCGUGGCAGCUGGGUGACAUAUUUGAUAUGGACAGUUUGACCCUGAGUAGUGUGUAGUGUUACCGUUGUUUUUUAGCAUUUGCCUGUUUGUUUGAAUCCUAUUAACCACUAACAGUACAACCAAUGUCAGUACUUUCUUCAACAAGAUGAAAAUAUGUGUAAAGAGAUGAAGAGAUUCUAUCACGACAUGAUGAAACUGUGAUGUUGUUCUACUGGAUACGUUUAUGCAUGCAGUUUCAUGCCUACAUUUUGGAGACACUGAUACUAACUUUAAAUAAAGACUUUCCAGAAUG